AUGGCCAAUUUCCUUUUCCAGGAGUGUAAUUCAGGCUCAGACAUUGAAGAGGACAAGAAGAUGAAGAAGAAGAUGAAGAAAGAUUCCAGCUCCUCUUCUUCAUCUUCCAGCUCAUCAUCCUCUUCAUCAUCCUCGUCAGACAAUGAGGAGAAGGAGAAAAAGAAGAAGACCAUGAAGAAGAAAAAGCACACUAACUAUUUGUUCGGAUUCUUUUUCAGGAUUCCAGCUCCUCAUCUUCAUCCUCUGAUAGCUCGUCAUCCUCCUCAUCGGACAGCGACAAGGAAGAGAAGAAGAAGAAGAAGAAGAAGAAGCAAAAGAAAAAGGAUUUUUGGCUGUUCCUCCGACAACGAGGCAGACAAAAAUAAGGAACAGGGACAAGAUGGAGACGGACAGGGCAAGGAUGAGUACAGCUGUUCUGCUGACGUUUCAGCAGCUGGAGAGGAGGGUGCCGGACUGGAGGGCACCCUGGGACAGAAAUCAGGUCAAGGAAAAAAGAAGGAAGAUGAGAAGAAGAAAGACAAGAAUAACAAGAGGGACAAGAGUGAUGGUGAUGACAAGUGCAAGAAAGGCAAAGGAAAGGAGGGUGGUGCAUCAGCUGAAUGGAUUUGUGGUGGAGAUUUUCCUGAAGGAAUGGAAGCUGGAAAUUUGAGUGAUGACGAGAGAGACGGAGGCAAGAAGAAAGAGAAAGAAAAGAAGAAGUUGAAGAAAAAGAGGAAGAACUUUGGCUGUUCAUCAUCCUCUUCAUCCUCGGACAGCUCUUCCUCUUCAGACAGCGAGGACGACAAAAAGAAGGUAAAAAAGAACAUGAAGAAGAAAUCUGAGGUUUCCAGUUCUUCAUCUUCCUCCUCCUCCUCUUCUGAUAGCGAGGAGGAAAAGAAAAAGAAGGAUUCUAGUUCUUCAUCCUCUGACAGCUCCUCAUCUUCCUCCUCUGACAGUGAUGAUGAUGAAGAAGAAGAAAAAGAAGAUGAAAAAGGAUUCCAGCUCUGAUGAUUCAGAUAGCGAGAAAGACAAGAAGAAGAAGAGAAAGAAAACGAUGAGUGCCGAUGCAUACAGGUGUUAUUUUGAGAAACCCAGUGUGCAGGGUUAUGGUUAGAAGCCCACUGGUAAGUGAAUUCAUUACACUCUCUUAAUGUUUGGGGGGGGGGGG